GAUUUAAGGAAGAAAAUGUCAGUUGCACUUCAGGAACCUGUUUUAUUCACUGGAACAAUGAGGAAAAAUCUGGAUCCCUAUAAUAAGUAUUCGGAGGAGGAACUGUGGGAUGUCUUAGAAGAGGUACAACUUAAAGAAGCCAUCAAAGCUCUUCCUAUUGGAUUGGAUACUGAAUUAGCAGAAUCAGGAUUGAACUUGAGUGUUGGACAGAGACAACUAGUGUGCCUUGCCAGGACUGUUCUCAGGAAAAAUCAGAUAUUGAUUCUUGACAAAGCCACAUCCAAUGUGGAUCCAGGAACUGAUGAGUUAAUACAAAAAAAAAUUCAUGAGAAAUUUACCCAGUGCACUGUGCUAACCAUCACACACAGGUUGAGCACCAUUAUUGACUGUGAACGGAUACUGGUUUUGGAUUCAGGGAGACGGAAAGAGUAUACCCAGCCAUAUCGUUCGCUGAAAAAUACAGAUAGCCUGCUUUACAAGAUGGUGCAGAAACUGGGCAAGGCAGAGGCCUCUGCCCUCACUGAAAGGGCAAAACAGGUGCGCUCUGAAAGGAAAUAA